AUGUUUCCUCUUCUUCUACUCGAUCCAGUAUCUUGUGAAAACGUUUUGAAUCAAUUGAAUCCGUAUGAACUAUUCAAAUUCUCGCUCUGCUCGAAAAUCUCAAAUCUACUUGCUCGAAAUGUCGCCGUCAAAGUCAACGACUCCUUCUCUUUGGACAUUCAUUUGGAUGAAAGUUACAGUAUCGGAAUUCAAUAUGAAACUUCUCACGUUUUUGAGUAUUUCUCCUGCCGAUCAAACACCAUUCACAACAUGCUGGGAGAUUCGAGUAUUGUAUCCAAAUCUGUGGAACACGGAAAGUUGAAUGGAAAUGGACCUAGUAUGUUCCAUACAUCUGAUGAAAAAAACGUGGAGACAUACUGGGAAGAUGAAGUUGUUGGAUUCAAGUUAUUGAUUGAAUAUGUCAUGAAUCUUUACGACAAACCCAUCGAUAUACUGUAUUUUCAUAAAACUGAUUCUUUAAAAUCCAUAGAAAUUCUUAGAUGGAUUAAUACCCGUCAGGGAUCUAUUCGAUUCGGUCAUUUUGAUUUAUGUCACGUGAAUUCUGAUCACACACUGUCUCGCAUUUUGGAUCAAAUCAAAAACAUUAAUGAGUUAGACUUGGUAAUGUUGCCAGGAUCCGAGUUCAUUAAGAACGAUACCAGAAGAUAUGAGUUCGAAGAAUUGACAAUAACUAAUGGGUAUUGGGUCACUUUACCUCGCUUAGUCGAUAUGAAUUGCCACAUUCUCAAUGUCAGUGGCACCGAAUUGACUAAUUAUGAUGUGAAUUCGUUUUUGAAAAUGUGGAUUAACGGUGAACUUGAUAAAUUGAAAUUGAUGACACUUAACAUUUUGGAAGUCGAUAUUUUGAAGAUUAUGGAAGGAAUUCAAUAUCUGAAAAAGAGAAACUAUUCUGGAGAAUCAUUUUCCGUAUCACUCGAUAUUACAAAAAACGACAUUUUCUAUAUUAUCUGCCGAACUGAUGGACUUGCUGCUUCAACUUAUGUUACUAAGUUUGGAAAUCAUCUUGUGUUCAAUAUGGAAGUUGGAAAAUAA